UCUCAUCUCUCAACACUCCCAUUCUUCCUCUCAUCGAGCUUUCUCUCUCUCCUCCGCCUCUCUCUGCUUCGGCCAGAACCAUCGCCUUCGUCUCCGAACCCUCGCGAUACAGUCUCAAUUGAAGCUAGCUGAGAACUCAACGACGGGAUCGCGGCUUACAGAGACCACCGAAACUCUCAUCUUAUUCUUCCUUCCGCUCCGCUUCUACCAGAAACCAUUGAGGAAGGCAAGCCUGUUCGAAUCUUUCUUCCUCUUCGCUCGUCCCGGAUUUACUAAAUCCACAGAUUCACAGAAUUUAGUAAAUCCCGGAUUUAUCGCUAAUCAGCGUCAUUUUAGGAUUUACGGGAGCUCAGGAUUUUCGGAGGCGUUUUUCGCCGUUUGGCAGGAUUUAGCUUAAAUUUGCGUAAAACCUGCUUAAAACCGGCUACCAAAAAGCCCCUACAGCUCGAUUUUGAUUUCUGAAUUUCACAAGCCGCAGAAGCUCAUUCUCGAAUCUGAUUAAAGAGGGCAUCUACAUAAGUGAUUAUUUCAAAUUUUUCCUUAGGGUUUAACGGGAUGUCAACAUCUAGAACACCUAGUACUCCAGGUUCCAAGAUUGAAAGAACUCCGUCUUCUACUCCUGGGGGUACAAAGAUCAAGAAGGAUAAGAUUUUAGUUACUAUACGUCUGAGGCCCUUAAGUAAAAAAGAACAAUCGCUAAAGGAUCAGGUUGCCUGGGAAUGUGCUGAUGAACAUACAAUAGUAAUGAAUACGCCCAAUCAAGAGAGGUCAAGCUCAUCAGCUUAUACUUUUGAUAAAGUAUUUGGCCCUACAUGUCCAACUGAGAGAGUAUAUGAAGAAGGAGCAAAGGAGGUUGCUUUAUCAACAGUGAGAGGAAUCAAUGCUACAAUAUUUGCUUACGGGCAAACCAGCAGUGGGAAGACUUAUACAAUGAGAGGAAUAAUGGAAAAUGCUGUAACUGACAUUUACAAGCACAUACAAAGUAAUCCAGGAAGGAAAUUCUUUAUCAGGAUUUCAGCUUUGGUUUAUCAGGAUUUCAGCUUUUUGGAGAUAUAUAAUGAGGUUGUGAGAGAUCUGUUGAAACCAGAUUCCGGUCCUCUAAGGCUUUUAGACGAUCCUGAGAAAGGAACCAUUGUUGAGAAACUAGAGGAAGAGACUGCAAAAGAUAGUGAGCACUUGAGGUAUCUGAUAGGCGUUUGUGAAGCGCAGAGACAAGUUGGAGAGACUGCAUUGAAUGAUACUAGUUCAAGAUCUCACCAAAUAAUUAGACUGACAAUUGAGAGCAGUCUCCAUGAGGAUUCAGGCUGUGUGAAGUCUUAUGUGGCAAAUUUGAAUUUUGUGGACCUUGCAGGAAGUGAGAGAACUUCACAGACAAAUGCUGAGGGUGUUAGGCUAAAGGAAGGCUGCCAUAUAAAUCUUAGCCUCCUGACAUUGACAACUGUUAUAAGAAAGUUGAGUGAUGGGAAAAGGUUCGGCCAUAUUCCUUACAGACAAUCAAAGCUGACACGCAUACUACAGCUUUCUCUUGAAGGAAAUGCCAGAACUGCCAUUAUUUGCACCAUGAGUCCUGCUCUUAGCCAUGUAGAGCAAUCUCGUAGCACACUCUCCUUUGCUUCUUGUGCAAAAGAAAUUACAAAUUCUGCACAGGUUAAUGUGAUUAUAUCUGAUAAGCAAUUAGUGAAGCAACUGCAGAGAGAGGUUGCCAGACUUGAAGCAGAACUGCAUGGUUCAGAUCCUUCUGCUUCUUCAAACACAGAUGUUGUUCUGUUGGAGAAAGAAAUGCAGAUUAAGAAGAUGGAAAUAGAAAUGGAAAAGCUGAAGCAGGAAAGGGAUCUUGUAAAGGCCCAGUUUGAUGAACUACUAAGGAAGAUGGAGCAGGAAAAACUAGGGCUUCUUCCAUUUGAAUCCUCGCCUCGCCGGGUGGCCAAAUGUCUCACCUUUUCCGACCAACCAAGAAACCCACUCCGACAGUCAUCCACUGUGCCAUCCAUGCUAGUAAACGAAAUCCGAAAGCUCGAGCAGCUUCAAGUCUUACUCGGAGAGGAGGCAAAUAAAGCCUUGGAUGUUCUCCAGAAAGAGGUGGCUUGUCACAGACUUGGAAACCAAGAUGCUGCACAAACCAUUGCUAAGCUUCAAGCUGAAAUAAAAGAGGUGAGAGCCGUUAGAUCUCUAACAACAGAAGCCUUCGUUAAGCCUUUGGUAAACAACCAUAAGGCUGCCACAAACCUCAAAGAAGAGAUUACCAGACUUCACUCACAAGGGAACACCAUUGCGAAUCUCGAGGAACAGCUCGAAAAUGUUCAGAAAUCCUUAGAUAAGCUCGUUAUGUCUCUUCCUAACUAUAAUCCGUCUUGCAAAAUUAGUCCGAAAUCAUCGAAUACAGCACAUAAGAAGCGCAGGAUGGUUCCUCUGACCUCUACCUGCAAUGUCAACCUUCCACAUCUCCUAAGAUCUCCCUGUUCGCCUCUGUCAUCUUCUUCAUCUAGAAUGGUGAUGGAGUCGGAGAUCGAAAACAUGAACCCGGAUGAGAGUCAUUCAGAAUCUCUAAUGGCCGCCGCAUCGAAGAGCGAAGAUAACGAAGAUUUGUCGUCAAGGGAAGGAACACCAGGCCACCAACGGUCGAAAUCUGUGAACAUGAAGAAGAUGCAGAAGAUGUUUCAGAAUGCGGCGGAAGAGAAUGUGAGGAGCAUAAAAGCUUAUGUCACUGAACUGAAAGAAAGAGUUGCCAAACUGCAGUACCAAAAGCAGCUUCUAGUAUGCCAGGUUUUGGAGCUGGAGUCGAACGAAAAUGCUGGUUAUGAUGAGGCUUCUGAGGCCGAUGAAAACCUCAACGAGCUUCAUAAAUCCCCGGCAACCUGGAAAUCUAUUUUCGAGGAACAAAUGCGACAAAUCAUAGAAUUAUGGGAUAUUUGCCAUGUAUCUUUAGUACACAGAACACAAUUCUAUCUACUAUUCAAAGGUGAUCAAGCUGACCAAAUUUAUAUUGAGGUGGAGCUAAGGAGGCUAAAUUGGAUGCAUGAACACUUCACUGCUGUUGGAGAUCCUCACUCUGCACAUUCAGGAGAUGAACUCUCUCUUUCUCUAUCAUCCAACAUGAAGGCAUUGAGACAAGAACGGGAGUUUCUCUCUAAAAGAAUGAAUUCGAGACUGACGGAGGAAGAACGAGAGAGGUUGUACACCAAAUGGCGAGUUCCAUUGGUGGGGAAACAAAGAAAGCUUCAGUUGGUGAACAAACUAUGGAGAGAUCCCAAGGACAAAUCCCAUAUUGAAGAGAGUGCAGACAUUGUUGCCAGGUUAGUAGGGUUUUGUGAGGGUGAAAAUGUGGCCAAGGAGAUGUUUGAACUGAACUUCGCCUUGCCGGAGAACAAGAAGCCAUGGCUUCUUGGCUGGCAACCCAUUUCAAACCUUCUGGGACUUUAAUUGGCAGGUGGAAGAACAUUUUUAUAGAAGUGUUGUCUUUUGAUUGUUUGUAGUAUAUUCAUUCAUUAGAGAUCAAUUAGGCUAGGGGUUGGGGAGGGCUAUUUUGUAAGCAUUUAUGUGGUUGAUGGUGGUGAGAAAAGAAGGAUUUUGAUUUGUUUGAAUCGAUGGUUGUUUGUGUUUGGCUCGAAUGUUAAUUGAGAUAUUGUAGUAAAUGAGUC